UUAUAUACUCUUUGGUACUGAUUAAAAAUAUUUUUACAUUUUACGUUAUUUCGCAUAAAUAAAAUGUAAAAUCAAUGCUUUUCAUGUUUCCGGUUCUUUUUUAUAAUCACAUUAUUGAGUUUAGCUUAAAGAAGUUCUUUCAACCUAUUAUUAGAAGUUUAAAGAUGUCGUCGGGAAAUUAUUGGAAAGGAGCUCCUUUAUCUAUGCUGUAUGGAUCGGAGUCUCCUUGGGAUAAUCCAGGAUUCCCUCCUGUGCAGCCUGGACAUAACCAUGCAGUUCUGUAUCAUAUACCGAGUAAUGGCGUACUGGCUGAUGACAGACCUCCGAAGCCACAGGUCGGACAAGACAAAUGGGACCAACAUCAUGUGAGGCUACCAUGCUCUAAGCACAGCUUAUAUCCUGUCACUGAUGAUAAAGGUGAAACACGGUUAAGAAAACGUUGGGCUAUCAUAGUGGAUACAUUAAAGAAACCAAUAAGAAACAGUCACGAACUAGCCGAUGCCAUAUUAGCAUAUAAUACUAAGUUUAAAAACAGAUGGAAAUUUAGAGCUCUACAUAAGUUAUUCAAUGAGUGCUUAGAGGAAGAGGAAUCCCAAUCCUUCUUUGAUGUGACACUGCCUGAAAUAGUCAAACUAGUUCUGGAUUUGCCUAAAUUAAUACAAGCACCUAUACCAUUACUUAAACAACACAAAAAUAUGUCUAUAUCAUUAUCGCAACAACAGAUUUCUAGUUUGCUGGCAAAUGCAUUCUUUUGUACAUUCCCUCGGAGAAACAGUAUGAAGCCAGACUCUGAAUAUUCUAGUUAUCCUUUUAUUAAUUUUAACACGUUGUACGAAACAUCAGGAUCAGAUGAUGUGAUAGAAAAACUCAAAUGUAUCUGUCAUUAUUUCAGAAGAGUUUACACAGAAGUGCCGUGCGGCGUGGUGACGUAUUCGCGGCGCUCCGUGCCACCGCGUGCGCUGCCCCGCUGGAGGGACUCCACGAAGUCCCUCGCUUUGCCGCUGCAUCUCAACCCUGUCGACACAAUAGAAGAUGCAGAUGGACUUAUACAAGUUGAUUUUGCUAAUAAGUAUCUGGGCGGUGGGGUGUUGGGCCACGGCUGCGUGCAAGAAGAGAUCCGCUUCGUGAUCUGUCCAGAACUGAUGGCCUCCAUGCUCUUCACGGAGCUGCUGCGUCCCAACGAGGCCGUCAUGAUCAUAGGCGGGGAGAGGUACAGCAGGUACGCUGGGUACGGGCACACGUUCGAGUGGGCGGGGCCGUGGGCGGAGCGCGCGCCGCGAGACUGCAGUGCGCGACGCCGCCAGGCUCUGCUCGCCAUCGACGCGCUGCUCUACGACUGCGCCCGACAUGAGUUCCGCAAGGAGGCUAUCACACGAGAACUCAACAAGGCUUGGGUCGGCUUUUCAUUCUACACGUCCGAGAAUACCGAGGGCAUGGAGUACCCGGGCGUGGCGACGGGCAACUGGGGGUGCGGCGCGUUCGGCGGCUCCGCCCACCUCAAGUCUCUGCUGCAGCUGAUGGCGUGUGCGCAGGCGCAGCGCCCCAUGGCGUACUACACGUUCAGGGACAACAAGCUCGCAGACGACAUACACGCCAUCUACACUCAACUCGUCAAUUAUAAUGUUACUGUUGGGCAACUGUAUCAAAUACUGUUGGACUUCUGCGAGGAAGGUCUGCCCCCAUCCCGCUUGCACCGCUACAUAGUGCAGCAGCUCACAGGUGUCGCUGCCACGCCCACAGCCACGCCCAGCGCCACGCCCACCACCACGCCCACCGUCACUGACUCCACCGAAAGUGAAACUCGAGAUGACUUAUACAUGAGCGACUCAGUAGUAACUGAAUGCUUCAAUUCUCCUUUCGUAUUCCACAUGAACACCCAAGAAAAAUUGCUCGAAGACCAACAGGCAGAUACAAAUAAAAACCUCGAAAAACCUAAACAGACAAGUGAUGACAAAAUGGACACUGAUGACAAAACGCCAUCCGAUAACAAAAUGGCCGCUAAUUCGAGCGAUUUGACGUCACGAUUGUUCCAAGAAAUGGAGAAAUUAGAUGAAGGCAGUGGAAGUUUAAAUUUCUCGCGACCGCAUACAUUGCCGCUGUCUCAGAGCUCGCAGUCGGCCAGCGGAGAUGCAGACACCAAACGGUCUUCGAUGGAUUUGUCAAUGGAUGUCAAAAAGAAGAUUAGUAAAAAAAUAACAGAUUACUUCUCGAAGAAGUCUAUUUGAUGUAUAAUUUUACAGGAAAUAAAAUUUCAGAACGAA